AUGUCAUUGAACGCGCAAUAUUUGAACUAUCUUGCAAAGUAUCCACUUUUAACGAAGUCAGUUACCGCGGCUGUACUCUCGGGACUCAAUGAAACAUUGGCGUCUGUAUUAGCAAAGGAUAUCAAAACUGCUAAGAUUAAAGGUAUCACUGUAAAGCACGUACUUUCUCCUAAAAUCCUUACUAUGAUGAUUUAUGGAGCCUUUAUUAUCACUCCAACGUCGCAUUAUCUUUAUGGAAUUCUUAAUACAAUCUUUAAAGGACCUAAGUUAUCAGUUAAAAUGAAAAUUGCUCAAAUUGCAACUUCCUUGUGCACCAUCACUCCAAUUCUAUCUGGAAUUUUCACGUCCUGGAUUUCAUUAAUUAAUAAUUAUUCAUUCCCUUCCGUGCCCCACAAGGGAGGCAUACAGAACUAUCACCGUGCUGACUACAAGCAAGAAUUACUUAAUAUGAAGACCGCUGUGUGUGCCGGUUUGAAGAAAAAUUAUCUCGUGGUGUUAAAAUCGUCAGUAGUAACUUCUUUGGUGACAUUAUCAGUUGCGCAAAAUUUCAUUAAGCCAGAACUUUGGGUAGUUUUUUUCAAUGUAGUCUAUUUUGUAUUGGGAACAGUUCAGAAUACGAAAAUCAAGUUGAGUCAGAUUAAGCAAUCCAAAGAAGAUACGGAAAAGAAGGAAGAUUGA